AUGAAAGUUGAGUUGGAGGUAUAUGUUAAUGAUGUAUUAUAUAUGAGUAAAGUAAUAGAUGAAUCAUGGAAAAGGUUUAUGUCACUAAUUUUUGUUGGGAAAAGUGCAUUAAGAAGUAGGAUUGGUGAACUUCCUUACCCCAUAACGACUUCAAUGUGUCCGCCACAUGUGAAAUUAAAAACCAAAGGAGAAGUGAAGAAGAAAGGGAAGAAACCAGUGGGUUAUGAUGUUUAUAGGGAUCCUUCAUAUCACGAGUAUGUUGAUCAAACAUCUCAAUCUUCAAAGAGGCAAUAUCAACUCAUCCACCAUCACGAUUCCUUGCUUAAACGACCAUCUCAUAGCUCAAGGAAGUCCACAAUUAUCAGUUUCCAAUUCUCUCAUCUUUUUACAAUAGUUGGAAGAUACUCAUGA